GCACAGCCAUGAGGCUCCUUUACUCACCCCUGUCUGCACUGUUUCUGCUAGCCCUUUGCACGCCAGUAUGCAGGGGGAGAAAUGAGGAGGAACGACUCAUGAAUUACUUGUUAAAGGAGCGCGCGUACAACAAGGAGCUCCGACCAGUGGAGAAAAAGGACGACACUGUCACUAUAUACCUGGGCCUCACUCUCUCCAACCUGAUAUCGCUGAAAGAAGCUGAUGAAACGCUGCUUACCAACGUAUGGAUGGAGCAUGGCUGGUACGACAGCAGGCUUUCCUGGAACAGCUCGGAGUUCGAUGACAUCGGGAUCCUGCGCGUUCCAUCCAAAAUGGUGUGGCUGCCCGAGAUCGUCCUGGAGAACAAUAACGAUGCCCAGUUCCAGGUGGCCUAUUACUCCAACGUGCUGGUGUACCCCGACGGCUACGUAUACUGGCUGCCCCCCGCCAUUUUCCGUAGCUCCUGCGCCAUCAACGUCAACUACUUCCCCUUCGACUGGCAGAACUGCACGCUCAAGUUCAGCUCCCUUACCUACAACGCUAACGAGAUCAGCAUGCAGUUGUUAGAGGCGAAGGACGCAGAGACCAACAAGACCUAUAAGGUGGAGUGGAUCGUCAUCGAUCCGGAGGAGUUCACAGAGAACGGUGAGUGGGAGAUCAUCCACAAGCCGGCCCGGAGGAACACCUACAAGAGCAUCCCGAAGGACAGCAACAAGCACCAGGACAUCACCUUCUACCUGAUCAUCAAGCGCAAGCCGCUCUUCUACGUGGUCAACAUCAUCAUCCCCUGCGUGCUCAUCUCCUUCCUGGCCUCCCUCGUCUACUACCUGCCGGCUGACAGUGGGGAGAAGAUGACCCUCUCCAUCUCGGUGCUCCUGGCCCAGUCUGUCUUCCUGCUGCUGAUCUCACAGCGACUGCCAGAGACCUCCAUGGCCAUCCCCCUCAUCGUGAAGUACCUCAUGUUCAUCAUGGUGCUGGUCACUGUGGUGGUUCUGAACUGCGUCAUUGUGCUCAACCUCCACUUUCGCACCCCCAGCACCCACGUCAUGUCAGACUGGACUAAAGAGUUCUUCCUGGAGCGGCUGCCGCGGCUCCUGCACAUGUCCCGCCCCGCAGAGAGUGAGCCCAGCUGGCAGGGCGGGGCCCUCCAGAGACGCUCCAGCUCAGUGGGGUACAUCGCCAAGGCCGAGGAGUACCACAGCGUCAAGUCCCGUAGCGACCUGAUGUUCGAGAAGCAGUCCGAGAGGCACGGCUUCACCACGCGCAGAACUCCCGCUGCAGUGUACAAGGCAGGCAAUGAUGGUGAAGCCAGUGACCAGCUGUACUCAGAGAUGAAGCCAGCCGUGGAAGGAGCCAAUUACAUUGUGAAGCACAUGCGUGAGAAGAAUGAGUACAGUGAGGAGAAAGACAACUGGAGCGGCAUCGCCAGGACGGUGGACCGGCUCUGUCUCUUCCUGGUGACGCCGGUCAUGACCCUGGGAACCAUCGUCAUCUUCAUCAUGGGCGUAUACAACCACCCGCCCCCACUGCCCUUCAAGGGAGACCCCUACAACUACCUGGAGGAGAACAAGCGCUAUCUGUCCUGACAGACCUCUCAGUGGGGUCAGCUGCAGUCAUGUUGAGGCGCACUGAGUGUGGCACAAUAAUAAAAAAGGGUGGAUUUGUUUUUGUGGAAUGUGAAAUGCAACGUCUGCUAGAUUCAGAAGGUCUUCAUGAUCUCAGCCUUCCAGUAAAGGGUCAUUUUACAUUUCAUCUUCAUAAGCAGAAGGCUAAUAUCAAUUUAAUGUUUUCUCUAUAGAAAGGACAACUUGCUACAUUUUCUUAUGACAAGGCAAUAUAUAUUAAUCUUUGUAAAUAAUCUGAUGUGAAAAUGGAUGACAUGAAAAUCAAGAAAUACA